AUGUUCAUGCUCUCUCUCCUGAGCCGGGGACAUGGGAAGUUGGUCCAGAACAAACAGAAGCUAGAAGUCUAUUUUGAACCAGAGGAUUACUUGAACUGGAAGUCCCCAGAAGAUUAUGUCCUGGUCAGCAAACCGCAAGAGGAGGGCAGUGCCAACCAGCACACCUGGAGCCUCUUUCUCCCCAAGACAUUCAGUACUAGGAAGGGGGCCCUGAUCCUCUACUCAGAAGGUUUAGCCUUAUCAGCAUGGACACCGGAAGAGAGGAGACAAGGCCCCCACCGCCCCAAAGGCCACAGGAAGAGACCGGGUCUUGAACUGCGCACACUUGAGGACCUCAAAAAAGCCAUCCUGGCGUACGGAAGGAGACAGAGGGAGCAGGACAGAGCAUGGCAACCGUACCUCCACUUCCGAAGCCAACCAGAGAGCCAGGGCCAACGGCAGAUGCAGCCUGGGUAUUCGGCCAAGAGAUACCUCCGAGGCCUCUUGCGGACAUGGCCCCCUGACACCAUGUACAGGCUCCAAUGUGCAGGGUACAUCAAGGAUUCUGUGCUGCUCCAGGACGGUCAACUUAAUGUACCAAAGAAUCUCAGGUCACAACAGGAUCUUUCAGGUGUACCCCCAAAAUACCACCUCCUGCCUGUCUUCCCUCCAUGUUGGAUUCAACAAGGAAAAUCUUUUGAACAAGGUCAGCAGGGCCUGGCCGGAGGGGAAGCUGGGGCUAGCAGACAUGUGGACCAGGGCUCCAUAGCCAAGAACUACAGCAGUCGAGGGAUUUAUUUGCCACAGCUCAGGAAGCAGCCGUGGCAAGAAGCUGAAACCCAGGCAGAGGACACGUCAAUAGAGAAUCACCAUCGUAUACACACUUCAAAGGAGAGCCACAAUGAAAACAUAGCCUCCCGAAGAGCCUUUGGGCAUGCCCACAUGGAUCAUUCUUGGCUCCUGAGUGACAAAUCCCACAUUACAUUCUCUGGAGGGGCCUUCCCCAAUAGAAAGGCAGAUCUCAGCGACAGACAAGGGAAUAUAAGACUCCACAAGGGCAGAAGCUGCCACUUGUUACAGGAGCCUCCUGCUGAAAGAUGCCUUUUCCCUCCUAUAGCACCUGCUACUGGCUCGGAGAAAAACACAGCUGGGGAAGUGAAGAAGAAAAAGGUGCCAAAGGCUUUGAAAUUACCCCCUCUCUCAGAGGAACAGCCCAGAGUCCUGGACCCCCUGAGGAGUGAACCUCCAGCAGAGCUCUUCAUCUUCCCAGGGGAGAUUCAUUUCCACACUCAACAGCCCCCAAAAGAAAAACUACACAGAAGAGGAGCUCCACACCCUGAGCCAGGACCAGAAACAGAAGAAAAGGCCAGGCCUUUACAGAAACCUCCCCUGAAACAUGCAUCCUUAGAAAAGCCAAGGGAGUUAACCGUGCAUCUCCCAAUGGACACAGGCAGGGACAUGCUCUCACAUCAAGAUGAUGAUGCCUCACCCCAGAAUGUGACCCCACCAUUGUCCCUGAUUAAAGGAAGAAAAAGUCCAGAGAGCCAGAGGGGCCUGGACAGCCCCAGGACAUCAAGCUGCAGCAGCUCCAUAGGCCCCUUGGAUGUGAGAAGAGCCAGGGGGGCACUCCCAGCAGAAGGACAAGCCUACAAAUCUGUCAAUUCAAACACCAGCCAUGAAAAGGAGAGGUCUAGUAUUCAACAUCCCCUAAAAACAAACACUGAAUCCAGAACCUGUCUUCUCACGAAUCUUAAUGAAAUCUCACCUUUGACCCAAAAGCCAGAGAAGCAGGGAGCCCAGCAGUCCUUGGAGGCAGCAGCUCAGAAGACAGGAGAGCCUCAAAGUUGUAUAAAUAAAGGACUGAUAUGUUCAAACAGAAAAGAAUUUUACACGCGCAAGCUGCACAUCGACAUGACGCCGUUCCUGAAGGAAAAUGGAGAUGCACUGGACAAUCAUGAAGAACCAGGAGGACCCCUUGGAGAAAAUCAUCAAGACACCCAAGACCAGGAGCUGAAGAGUAUGACCCCUGACCCUCUUGGUGCGUCCCUGGCUGACCACAUCCAGCCCCCUGUGUCAGAUACUGUCCAAAAGACGGGCAGAGAUUAUGAUGUACGCCAUCUGCACAGGAGACGCCCAGGACACAAGUCCCCAGAGAGGUUGGGUCCUGUAGAUGCAUCUUUUUUUCCAAGAGGAACAGAAAGGAGGGCUGAACCAAGACUGUUCAACCAGCAGGCUCUAGCCAACAUCAGUGAAAUGGAGUUGAUUGGCAAAGUCAAGAGAAAGAAAAGAACCAAGACAGACAAGUCCAAGGUGCCCAAGGAGAGGAGAGAAGGAAAGGUCCAGAGGGAAGCAGAGGCCGCUGUAGGAAAGUCAAAGGAAUCAAAGGCUGAAAAGAAAUCAGAGUUAAUUCCCAAAGAAAGAAAACCAAGAGCCAAAAGGAAAAGGACACAGAAGGAAAGGAGUCUGGAAGUAGCAGAGCUGAGUGGGCCUGACGUCAUUAACUCUAAGGAAACAGAAGACACUUCAGAGAGAGGUUUCUCUCCUGCAGAUUCUGUUGUAGAGGACCCUUGGCUUUCCCACGAAUAUGAUGCUCAGGAGAGCCAAGUGUCCAUAGAUGGAAGAUCAUCACCCACCCAGACUAUACCGGUCGCUGGAAACAUGGAAUCUAAAGAAGAAAGAAGUUAUGAAGACCCUUCCAAAGCCCUCCUCACCGAGAGGGAGCGACAGGGAGCUCUCCCGGACAGGCUGCGAGCCGAGAGGGCCGAGAGGCGACACUCGGAGGUGGAGAGGAGAAGCGGGCAGGAAGCGCAGUGGCGGCUCCCCCAGGAGCAACUGCAGAGCCCCGAGGAGAUGAAGGAGGACCUGGAGCUGGAGCUGCGCACCCACGCGGAGGAGAAACGCCUGAGGAAAGAGAGACUCGAAGAAGAAUGGCGGCGGCAGGAGGAAGAGGCGAGGAUGCAGCAGCUUCAGUUUCAAGUGGCCCAGGAGAGAGUCCGGCGGCAACGGGAGGCAUUCCGGAGGAAACUUCGAGAACUGCAGACAACAAAGCCGCAGGAGGAAGCUGAGAGGGCUGAGGAUGAGAAGCAGAGGCAGAAGGAAUUGGAAAUGCAGUUAGCAGAGGAGGAAAAACGCCUGCUGGAAAUGGCUGAAGAAGAACGGCUGGAGCCCCAGCGGAGGAAACAGGAAGCCGGAGAGAAGGCUGAGCUGGAAGCAGAGGCAAGGAGGCGAAGGGGAGAGGAGGCUGCAAGGCUGGAUCUGGAGGGAGCCAGGACACGAGCUCAGGAAGAAGCCAGGCAAAAAGCUGCUUUGGAGAAACAUCUUCAUUUCCAUCAAGAACUCUGUAAGGAAGCCAGUGCCUUGCGGUGGACACACAACAUUUCCAGAUCGUGGGUCUACUCAUACUUCCAGUUCCUACAAAUACCCAGACCUUAA